CAGAAUGACAAUGUCACGAUGCACGCCAGGAUCAUCUUUCCUUCAUAGACGAUCUGGGCCUCGGGAAGGUGGUGAGACUUGGUCAACUUGUAGCGGACAGGAAGUGACUUAUUUUCGGGCAAACCUUGACAAGUGGACGGCUUUUUAUUUAUCCACUCACACGCUGACCUGGGUGAAUUCUACUGGGGUUGAAGCACCAGUAUAAAUCGACCACCCGUCCGUCACUAUCGACAUGCGUUUCCCCAGAGAGUGACUGCAGGGGCGGUUCAGACGUGGAACCUGGCCGGGAGACAGCAGAAGGCAAAAUGGCUGAGCUGCCAAUUGCGCCGGGACAGGUCUACAUCGAGGUGGAAUAUGACUACGAGUAUACAUCUAAAGACCGACUGGUUGCCAUCCACCAGGGAGAAUGCUACAUGCUGGUACAAAAAACCAAUGAAGACUGGUGGAAGGUGCGGAAGGAGGAGGGGAGCAAAGCCUUUUACGUGCCCGCCCAGUAUGUUAGGGAGGUACGCAAAGCCCUCAUGCCGCCCCCGAAGCCUUUACCGCACCACUCUGUUUCUGCUGGUAACACCCCGCUUCAUCUCCCAGUUUCCACCCAGACUACCCCGCCUCAUAACCCCGUUUCCACAAGGAACACUCCACCUCAGAACACUAAUGCUGUUUGGGUAAAGCCAGCUAAUAUGGAUCAGGCACUCCAGGACUCCUCCACAGAGAGUCUAGACAGACCGGAGUCGACGCCUGCGCGCUCACCCUCUGUUCAUUCCUCCUCUUCCCUCCAUUUAUCACCACCAAUACAUAGGCGGGACAGUAACCACCAUCGCCAACAUUAUGUACCCGGCACACCUACUGGACCUGAGAGAUCACUAGCCGAAAUCCUUUCCCAGAGCACUGGACCUCUGCCUUCCCAACGAAGCAGCACACUGCCUCGCGCCCGGGCCCAAUCUCCGGAGUUGUUCCGUGCCCCGCUAGAUGUGGAUAGCCCUUCACACUCAGGCGAGGAACAGCACACCAAUGACUCUGAGUCUGGAGAUGAGUUGAGCAGCAGUUCUACUGAACAACUCCAGAGCGUUUCUUCGUUGGGCCAAGGACGUCGCGACACACCCGUCUAUAGCAACCUGCAGGAGCUGAAGAUAAAUCAGUCGGCUGAGCCCCCUCUCCCUGCCGGCGCCCCCCACCAAGUCCUUGGCGACUGGGAGACAUACAAGGACCAGCAUGGUAGACUCUUUUACUACAACCGCUGCAGCCAGGAGCGGACUUGGAAGCCUCCACGAGCCCGGGAUGCCAGCGAGUCCCGUGGAGGACAUGCCAACGCAGGAGAAAGCUUUGAGAGCACUACCCUGUCGCUUUCACCAUCUUUCUUCCCUUUCCUGUCGUUGUCACUGGGCCGCCUGAGGCCUCUGUGGUCAGAGGAGGGCUGCUUCAGCAGCUACUCCAGCCUGUCCGAAAGCCAGUAUGGCUCACCUCCUCGUGGGUGGUCGGAAGGGAUGGACCAGGCCGGCCACACACUUUAUGUCAGCAACUAUACUAACGAGAAGUGGUUAAAACACGUGGACGAGCAGGGUCGGCCAUAUUACUACAGCGCAGACGGCUCCAGGUCUGAAUGGGAGCUGCCAAAGUACAACCAUUCCCCGCCACAACACCUCACAGAUCCCACCAAGACUCGCAGUCUGGACAGGAAAGUCGUGGAUCCCAUUGUCUUGACCAAGUGGAGACACAGUACUUUCAUCCAAGAGCCCAAUGACAAGGACUCACCUCUGAGCCCCAAGUCCCCCUCAUCUGACCUUGACUCCUGCCCCUCUUCUCCUAAGCGCCCCAACUCUCCCUCCGAGAAGUGCGGUGUGCUCAAUGUGACGAAGAUCACAGAGAAUGGCAAGAAAGUUCGUAAAAACUGGACUUCCUCCUGGACCGUCUUACAAGGCUCCACACUGCUCUUCACCAAAGGCCAGGGAGGUGGGACUAGCUGGUUUGGCGCCAGUCAAUCCAAACCAGAGUUAACGGUGGACCUGAAGGGAGGCUCGGUGGACUGGGCCUCCAAGGACAAAUCCAGCAAGAAGCAUGUCAUAGAGCUGAAGACCCGGCAGGGUACAGAACUCCUGAUUCAGUCGGAAAACGACGUCAUCAUAAAUGAGUGGUACCGAGCCCUCAAGGACACAGUCAGCAGUCCGGCGUGUGAGUCAGAUGAAGCCAUAGAAGACGACUUAUCAGAUUCAGCAGAAGCAGAGAAGCAAGACCGGGAGAAAGAACGCAGAGACUCUAAGAAAGGCAGACCCAUAAAGACAUCAAGCAGCGUUGAAGGGGCCGACAACAAGAAGACCAAACACAAGCUGAAAAAGUUUCUGACCCGACGGCCCACUCUGCAGGCCGUCAGAGACAAAGGAUACAUCAAAGAUCAGGUUUUUGGAGCCAGCUUGGCCACCCUGUGCCAGAGGGAGAAUGACACGGUGCCCUCCUUUGUCAAGAUGUGCAUGGAGCACGUGGAAAGCAAUGCUCUGCACAUUGGCGGCCUCUACAGGGUCAGCGGGAAUUUGGCCCUCAUCCAGAAGCUGCGCUAUGCUGUCAAUCACGAUGAAAAGGUGAGCCUGGCAGACAGCAAGUGGGAAGACAUCCACGUGACCACUGGAGCCCUGAAGAUGUUCUUCAGGGAGCUUCCUGAGCCUCUCUUCACAUACACGCUCUUCCAUGACUUUGUUAGCUCCAUCAAGAUUCCUGACUACAGGCAGCGGGUCAAUGCCAUUAAAGAACUUGUCCGACAGCUACCUGAACCCAACCACGACACCAUGCAGGCGCUCUUCAAACACCUACGCAAAGUGAUCGAGCAUGGCGAAGAGAACCGCAUGACCAACCAGAGCAUCGCCAUCGUGUUCGGCCCCACGUUGCUGAGGCCUGAGACCGAGAUGUGGAACAUGGCGGUCCACAUGGUCUACCAGAACCAGAUUGUGGAGCUCAUCCUACUGGAGUACGACAACCUCUUCGGCAGGUAGAGGGCGACGGGGCGCGCUGACCAUCCUCCGCGAUCAAAAUCACUCUUUGCACUUUGGACUAACUUUGCUUUACUUUUCCAACACUGGAUUUAAACUAAGGGACAAAAAAAUAUAAAUCCUGCUGUGACCAAGAGAAAGCCUCAAUGUGGAGGAGCCAACAUGAACUUUUCAAAGUACAAAAAGGGAACAUGGUUUAGUGACUGGAAUUUCCACCAAUUAAAUACAUUAAUCCAAUUAAAGACAUUAUUACAAUAGAAAUGGUUUCAUUAAAUUGUGCAGCAAAUUAUUUGUUCUACUGUGAAAUGUUUUUAUCAUGACCACUUUAUUAUUCUAGUAGUAGUAUUUUUUUAUUUUUAUUUUAUGGCAUUAUUAGUGGUUUACAAUUUGCAAUUUUAUGACAUUAUUUAACUGGAUUUUAAAAAUGAAAAAAGUGAGUCACCUAUCAAAGAUCAGCACACUGAUUGGCUGUACUUUAGUAUGUAGGGAUCCUAAGAAUGAAAGGCAGCUCAAUGAGUAUGUCAUUAAAUAUUUACUGUCAAUAAAAAUGUCAGUAAAAAGAUGCAAUGGAAUAAUAAAACAGCUAGAAAAUCAAUAAAAAGGUCAUAUAUAAAAUUUGAUUAAAAUGCUAUGGAAUAUUGGGGACAUCCACAGUAAUAAUAAAAACAUCCAGAAUUCCAGUAGCUAAGCAAUAAUUUAAUUAAAUAAAAAUUUGGUAAUAAAAAUCUAAUGAAAAUUGAUUAAAUAAAAUGACCUGAAAAUUUAAAUUUCACCAUUUGUCCUUAAUUUCAUACAAGUCUUAUUCAUUAAAAAUUACAUGAAAUAAAAAAUUUUGAUAAAAUGUCAUAAAAUAUCAUAUAAUACAAAUCUAUUACAUUAUUAAAAUCCAAUCGAUUAUUCAAAAUGUAAUUACAAGUGAGAAAAUGACGUUGCCAACACCGUCAUUUCACAAUUUGAAUGCGUUGUUAAUUUUCUAUUUAAUCGGCUUUUAUUUUUCAAACACAAAAACACUAUCCAAGUCUAUUUUAUCUUUAUCCUUUAAUGAUGGCAAUCAAUUUAUUGUCUUUCAUGUUUUUGCCUGACUUGUCCAUUUUCCCUUCAAAACACUUCUCUGAAUUUUGUGUAGUUUUUGUGCGCGUGUGUGUGUGUCUGUGUAAAGGGGAUUUCCAAGCUGUACUGUACAGAAUUUAAAUAAGAAUAAUUAAUAAAGCUUUGGAGUGUUAAAAAUU